AUGACUCAAACUGUUGCUAAAAUCACAACCCCUGCGCAAGUCGAAGAAUUUCUUGCGCAAUACGAUGAUUUCCUCUUUGAUUGUGACGGUGUUCUCUGGUCAGGAAAUCACUUGCUCCCAUCUGUAGUUGAAACUCUGGAAUUCCUUCGCUCACGUGGUAAACGUUUGAUUUUCGUCACCAACAACUCAACCAAGUCUCGCAAAGCUUACACAUCCAAAUUUGCAAAGUUUGGAAUCACUGUAUCCAAAGAUGAAAUCUUUGGCUCAGCAUAUUCAUCAGCAAUUUACCUUUCUCAAGUUCUUAAGUUCCCCAAAGACAAGAAGGUUUUGAUAGUUGGCGAGGCUGGAAUGGAAGAAGAGCUUGCAGAAGUUGGAAUCCAAACUGUGGGUGGAACAGAUCCUUCGUUACGCAAGGUGGAAGCCUCUGAUGAGGACUUGGCCAAUUUGGCAUAUGAUCCAACCAUUGGUGCUGUUUUGUGUGGUCUUGAUUUCCAUAUUACAUAUUUAAAGAUGGCCAAUGCUCUUGUUCAAAUUCAAAACCCAAGCACUCUAUUUCUUGCCACAAAUAUUGAUUCAACUUUCCCCACCCAUGGUAAGUUGCUUCCUGGAGCUGGCACAAUUGUGGGAACCUUGGUUACAUCGUCGGGCCGCACACCAGUGUCGUUGGGUAAGCCUUCGGGUGCCAUGAUGGAUAGCAUUAAGGCCAAGUUUAAGUUUGAUGCUGAGCGUGCUUGUAUGGUUGGUGACCGGCUUAACACAGACAUUGCAUUUGGACGGGCCGGUGGACUCGGGACGUUGCUUGUAUUGACAGGUGUGACGAAGGAAUCUGAACUUGAAGGUGAGCCUCCAGUGGUGCCUGCGUACGUGAUUGAUAAGCUUGGGUCGUUGUAUGAGUACCUUCACUAA